AUGUCCAGUACACCCAACGAUAGCAUGUUGCGUAUGAAAUCAAACAACAGGACAGCAGCUAUUCAAAGAGAUAAACGGAAGUCAGAAGUUUUGAUCGCUGCUCAGUCCCUUGAUAAUGAAAUUCGAAGCGUAAAGAAUCUUAAGAGAUUAUCGAUCGGGUCCAUGGAUUUGUUGAUUGAUCCGGAACUAGAUAUAAAAUUUGGUGGCGAAUCUAACGGGAGAAGGUCAUGGUCCGGUGCGACUUCGAGUUCUACGUCAACACCGAAUGUCACAACAAGCAUGAAUAAUACGCGAUAUAGCGAUCCAACGCCAUUAGAAAAAUUGCAUGUGCUAAAUAGUGCAGACACAGAACCCUAUAAUAAGAGUAGACAAGGCAACUAUACAGGUCAUAAAAAAGUCGUCCAUUCACCGUCAAGAAAGUUGAAUGCUAAUGCACUAAAAAACAACUUAUUAUGGGUCCCUGCUAAUCAGCACCCUAACGUUAAGCCCGAUAAUUACUUAGAGCUUGUUCAGGAUACUUUACAGAAUAUACGACUAAGCGACAAUGACGAUAAUGAUAACAAUAAUAAUAAUGAAAGCGAUGAGGCGCCCGGAGAAACAGAAUCAUAUGGUAAUAAGGAGAAUUUAAAUGUGGUUAAUGUGAACAGGGGCAUGCCAAGGCAUGGGAAUGCUUCACUAAUACGAAGACCUUCAACGUUGCGAAGGUCAUACACGGAAUUUGGUGAUAGUGGAGACGAUAUCGGACAAGAAGACGACGAUUCCAUGACUGUAAAUAAAGUGAAGGAAAGAACUUCCAGAAUAAGAGAAAGACCAAUAUCAUUAAGAGAUAUUACUGAAGAACUGACAAAGAUUUCGAAUAGCGCGGGGCUGACAGAUGAUGAUGCCAUAACAUUAGCUAGAACACUUAAUAUGGCUGGUUCAUAUUCAGAUAAAGGAGAUGGAUCAAGGCCCAAAGAUUCAGAAACCAAAUAUGAAGAAGAAAAUGAUAAAGUUACCGGCUCACAAACGGAAACUUCGGAUGAUGUUGAAUAUGCCUCCAAUAUGCCAAUCAGCAGUGACUCAAGUUGGCCAGAACGAUCAUCUCUGAAAAGAAGCAGAUUCAAUACUUACAGGAUUAGGUCACACACAGAAGAGCAGGAGGAAGAGCAGGUAUUGGAAGAAACAAAAAACGAGGACGUGAGCCGUUUGCAUUUGGCUGAGAAUACUUUAGAAAUGGGAAUAAAUUCGCCCAAAUCACCUUUCAAGCAGGAAGACGACGAGUCUGACCCUAUGAGUUCACCUGGGUCCAUCGGUGAUUUUCAAGACAUAUAUGACCAUUAUACACAAUCUAGCGGCGACUGGGAAAAGGAAAUGGGAAUAGAAAAGGACAAAGCGCUGGAAGUUGGUAAGGUUGAAGACGUCUCAGUCGAACAAGAGUUGGAACCACAAGAAGAACCAACGGAGACAAUUGUGUCAGCUGCCACAGAAGAUAGCAAGGAGACUAAACGCCAUCGCCGAAGAAAUGGAUGGACAUGGUUAAACAAUAAGAUGAAUAAGGAGGAGGAUACUGGAGAAAGCCAAGGGGAUGACGAGGGUGAAGAAGAUGUGGAGUCGCAAAGAAUGGAGCGCGACAGUUCCAAGAAACAUCACAUUUCGAUGUUCAAUGGCGGUGAGAAGACCGAGGCGAUAAACAAAGAGGAAGCGAACAAUUCCAAUGCAUCCACGUCCACAUCUCAAACAAGACAGAAAAUCGAGAAAACAUUCGCCAAUUUAUUCCGGAGGAAAGCACAUCACAAGCAUGAAGCGGCGCCAUUGCCGUCAUUGCCAACACCAAACAAUGACACUGCGCACGCUCCUGAAAUGAAACUGAAGAAACUAGCCAGCAAAAAUGGUAGAGAGCCUACCGAGCCUAUUGUGCUACACAAUCGCCCUCACCACAACCGUCACCAUCAGGGCCGUCACGGUUCCCGAGAAAUAAACAUGAAGGGCACUAGCGAUACGCAAAUGCAAUCGCAAUUACAGCCCCAACCACAACUGCAACCGCAGUCACAGCAGCCGCAGCUGCAGCCGCAACCACAACCACAACCGCAAUUGAAGCCGCAACCUCAGCCAUUACAGUUACAAAUGAAGGGAGAGUCCAGUGGACCAGGAAUAGCAAACAACGAAGAAAGCGAUGCCGAGAGUUUGCCCAAGCUACAACCUGCCAUCAGCGUAAGUAGCACCAAGAGCAACUCAAGAGACUGCGAAGAAGCGGACACCAAGAAGAAGAACAAGGAAAAGAGAAGCAAUACGACCAACCUCUCGAACGGACAGCACUCCAAGCAUGCUCAGAAAAAAACGGGCCAUGAGCAGAAGGACCAAACAGCGGCUCUAGCGGACCCACCGGCCUCACCAGCUCCUGCUCUGAGACAUACAUCCGUGUUACCCCCAAGAAAGCUGACCUUCGCAGAUGUCAAGAAGUCCGAGAAACCAAACGCCCCGGUCCAGUUCACGGACAGCGCCUUCGGGUUCCCGUUGCCUCUGCUGACCGUUUCCACGGUCGUCAUGUUCGACCACCGCCUACCGAUCAACGUCGAAAGGGCCAUUUACAGGCUAAGCCACUUGAAGCUGAGCAACUCAAAGAGAGAACUGCGCGAGCAGGUCCUGCUGAGUAACUUCAUGUACGCCUACCUGAACCUUGUCAACCACACCCUGUACAUGGAACAGGCGGGCCACGACAAGGAACAGCAACAGCUUUGA